AUGCAUCUAAAUCUCUCACAUCUCGCCCUCCUGCCGCUGGUAGCCGGCCACACCACCUUCACCAAUCUAUACGUCAACGGCGUCAAUCAAGGCGAUGGCGUCUGCGUCCGUAUGAACCGUGACCCCGAAACUGCCAGCUUCCCUAUCGAGCCCGUGACCGACAAGGCCAUGGCCUGUGGCUACGACGGGGAGAAAGCGGUUUCUCGUGUCUGUCCCACCAAAGGCGACGAUCUACUCACCUUUGAAUUCCGCGAAUAUGCCGACGGCUCUCAGCCCGGGUCCAUCGAAGACAGCCACAAGGGCCCCUGCGCCGUCUACAUGAAGAGGGUCAACGAUGCGACGGCAGACAACAACGCCGCCGGCGAUGGAUGGUUCAAGAUCUGGCAGUUGGACUACGACACAUCCGAUGGCAAAUGGUGCACGGAGAAACUCAUCGACAAUAACGGCUUGAUCUCCGUCCAUGUGCCCCCGGACUUGCACCCGGGGUACUACCUCGUGCGACCGGAGCUAUUGGCCCUGCAUGCCAGUGCGGAUUCCCCGCCCGAUCCGCAGUUCUACGUCGGCUGUGCGCAGGUCUUCGUGCAGCAGGGUGGCACCGCCGAGCCCCGCGGGGUGCAUAUCGGAGAGCAUACGUACGAUCUAGAUAUGCCUGCCUUGACGUACAAUAUCUACCAGGAGCCCUUGGCGUUACCGUAUCCCAUGUUCGGGCCCGAGGUGUACCGUACUAAAGGAAACCAGCGUCGUCGCGAUGCCAACAAGCUCGUGCAGGACAAGGGUCGUCGGCCGGACGGGUGUAUCUUGGUGCGUGAUAACUGGUGUGGCUUUGAGGUGCCUUCCUACAACGACGAGAACGGAUGCUGGGCGUCUUCCCAGAAAUGCUGGGACCAGUCCGACGUCUGCUGGAAUACAGCCCUCCCGACUGGAAACGCGGCGUGCAAUAUCUGGCAGGACAAAUGCACUAACAUCGACGAUUCCUGUCGCAGCGGUGACUGGCAUGGUCCCCCCAACCAGGGGAAGGACCUGACCCCGGUGCCCAAGGGCCCUGCGGGCUCGCUCGAUGUCUUUGAGCAGUAG